AUGUCCAGUGAACCAUCAGAAGGCGGAUCUGAUGAAGACGAACUAGAAACGGACAUGCUUGAGAGAAAGCUUCCGACCCCAAUAAAGUCACGUGGGGAUGGAUCACAGCGUUCGGGAGAGGUGGUUCCUCCAAACUCUCCACCACGUCCUUUUACCCAUCGCCGCAGAUCCAAUGCAGCUGCAGAUAUCUCGACAUCGAGCGGCCGCUAUCCGACCCCACCAACGUCACGCUCCAGCACCGGCAACGACGGUCGUCCAGAUUCGCAACCACCAAUCUCCAUAAGAAAGUCGGCCUCAAAGAAAAAGACGGGUUCAGCACCUUCACCCUCUUCAGCACCUUCACGUUCAAAUGCAGCUUCAAUCAUAGACUCCAAAAUCAUUUCCUCCGCGUCGACUUCGCUUGCACAUAGUUUGACUGAUUUUGCGAGAUCAAUGACGACAACGUUUGAGCGCUGGAAGACAACUCAAGAAAUUGAUUUCAAGUCCAAGGUUGGAGACAAUUUACCGCAAGCGGGACGGGAAGGAACAUUGCUUUCUAACUCUUGUGCUCCGUCUCUCGAUUGGUCGCAGCGAAUUCGUCAGAAAAGCGGGUUUCUAGGUGUUUUCAUAGACACGCCCACCCCCGUGAAAGUUGUCGACAUCAAAGGAGCUCCAACCACUGAUGUUGGUGACAUUCAUCGCGACGUCGAGAUCCUCGACACGUACGGCCUUGAGAUGGAUGACACCAUCGAAAACGCUAGGAAACGUCGUUCCACGACCCGACUGCCUUUGUCCACUCUCAGCCACUCCCCAAGCGGGAGCAUCUUCUCCGAUGCCCAGUUACCAUCAUCUCCACCUAUUAAACCAUCAUCUCCACCAUCUCCACCACGAGUUCCAUUCAAAUUAUCGUCGACAAUACUUCAGACCAAGACUAUGACCAGCCUGGAAAAAGCACUCGCCGCAACCUUCGCAGCCAACGCCCAACUAAUGCUCUCGCCCUCACCUCGAGUCCAAGCGAAACCCAAACCUAAUGUCCUGCACCGUUAUACGGCACCUCCUCCAAUGUCCGCCUCGGCUUCCACUCUAGCUUCCGAAUCGGCGCAGGAAACGACGCGAAGAGUCUAUGCACGUCGUGCGAAAGAGAACGUUGUUUACAAGCAGCAGCUCCUAUACCCUCAUGGCAAAGUAGCACAGGCGUACGAGGCCAACCAGGAGGAACUAGAGAGCUGGUGUGAAGCGGACGUGGCUCCUGUGCGAUUUCGCAAGACACUCGAGAAUAGAGAGACUUCGCUCGUCGCUAUGAACGUGAGGUUUUUACUGGCUUCGAUGAAAGAGAAGCACAAGGUGGAGGGUAUCAUGGAGGAGAAGGGAACGAGCAAGGCUGUGCACGAGAUGCCAGAUUCCGUAGCGCUGGAGGAACUCAUUGAGCAGACCUUCGGGACUGGCCGUAAAACCCGAGAAAGGGGGACCCACAAACCAUCUUUGAAGAGCAAGAGGUCUACCCCUGCUUCUGAUCUCAGAUCCACCUCGCCUAGCGCCUCACCUCGUGCCGAAUCAGUCCCAAUCUCAGUCGGGCGUCAACCCUACGGCCUUGCAUCUGAAGAUGAAAUCGAUAUGCUCAUCAUCCCAGAUUUGGAUACUAUAUCAUCCACCUCGCUACCACGGACGGGAACGUAUUCAACCUCGAAUAUAUUGCAAGCUGAUAAGCAACGUGCCCCAUUGGAGAACUUGCACAUAGAGUCGGUUCUUGGGAAGCGAAUGAGGGAGGAAAUGGUCAUCAUCCAGCCUGCCGUGGCAUUUGUGCCAUAUGACCAGGUGGAGGAUGUGGAGGACAUUGAAGAAACACCGCCCGAGUCUCCGACGACGACAAACAAGAGGGCCAAGAUGGACCACGAAGAAAAGCCACGUGAAGAGCCAGACCGGGAGGUCGAAAACGAGCAUGCUGAAUGGGCGAUGGCAUUGCUGGGUCUUAUCAAGGGGAAGAGGAAGCUGGAAACACCCGAUCUUCGAAUUCUCCAUAAAAUACUCACUGACGUGUACACCCAACGCAAAGAGAUCGAACCCUCGUCUGAGCUCGCACAAGCCGUGCAUAGUGUUUCACAGCUCUCAGCAGCCGACGUCCCUGGAUCGGACGCUCUGGGACUGAGAGCACUCGCGAGGACUUCUGCAAGGACUUGGGGGUUGACAAACGCUGCUGCACGCAAUCAGUAA